AUGGCAGAGCAGAGGAGAAGAGCAGGGUACAUAUUGGCACCCCGUCAUGAGGUGCUGCUGAGAACCGGGUAGAGACAGGACAGACCGGGUAUACAGCAGGGUUUCUUCGCUCUUGGGCUCAGUGUGGCCGGCCGGACAGAGCAGGAAUGGCUGAGGCGGAGGCCGGGGAUGAGAGUCCGGUAUCUGCGGACGAACCGGAGUCUGGGGUCGGUGACAGCUACGCGACGGACACGGAGGACGCCGAUGCUGUCAGAAAGACUCACAUUAAUGAGAUGGCAUCAUCCCCAGGUCAGCCAGGUCUUGGGAAAAAGAUUGGACACAGAGGAGUGGACGCAUCUGGAGAGACGAUAUACAAGAAGACCACAUCGUCAGCACUAAAAGGAGCCAUCCAGCUGGGCAUCGGCUACACGGUUGGCAAUCUGAGCUCGAAACCAGAGAGAGACGUCCUCAUGCAGGACUUCUACGUGGUGGAGAGCAUCUUCUUUCCCAGCGAGGGAAGCAAUCUGACACCAGCUCACCACUAUCCAGACUUCCGUUUCAAGACUUAUGCUCCUGUGGCUUUCCGGUAUUUUAGGGAGUUGUUUGGGAUCCGACCUGAUGACUACCUGUACUCUUUAUGUAACGAGCCCCUGAUCGAGCUGUCAAAUCCAGGUGCCAGCGGUUCUGUGUUCUACGUUACAAAAGAUGACGAGUUCAUCAUUAAGACUGUCAUGCACAAGGAAGCUGAGUUUCUACAGAAGCUUUUGCCUGGUUAUUACAUGAACCUCAAUCAGAACCCUCGCACCUUGCUGCCCAAGUUUUUUGGCUUGUACUGCGUGCAGUCUGGUGGAAAGAACAUUCGUGUGGUAGUAAUGAACAAUAUCCUUCCUCGGGUGGUGCGCAUGCACCUCAAAUAUGACCUGAAGGGCUCCACGUAUAAGCGGAGAGCCUCAAAGAAGGAGCGGGAGAAAGCCAAGCCUACUUUUAAAGAUCUGGACUUUAUGCAGGACAUUAAUGAAGGCCUCAUGCUGGAUGUGGACACUUACAAUGCUUUUGUCAAGACACUCCAAAGAGACUGUCUGGUGCUGGAGAGUUUUAAGAUCAUGGACUACAGCUUAUUGUUGGGUGUGCAUAACCUGGACCAGGCUGAGCGUGAGCAGCAGACCGAGGGCUCUCAGAGCAGCAGUGAUGAGAAGAGACCGCCAGCACAGAAAGCCCUCUAUUCCACUGCACUGGAGUCCAUCCAGGGAGCCUCAGCCUGUGGAGAGGACAUAGACACGGAGGACACGAUGGGAGGCAUUCCAGCAGUAAACAGUAAAGGAGAGCGUUUGUUGCUAUACAUUGGAAUUAUUGACAUCCUGCAGUCCUACAGGUUAAUAAAAAAGUUAGAACACACAUGGAAAGCUCUUGUCCACGACGGGGAUACUGUAUCUGUUCAUCGACCCUCUUUCUAUGCAGACAGAUUCUUCAGAUUCAUGAGCAGCACAGUUUUCAGAAAGAGCUCAUCAUUAAAGUCCUCUCCAUCUAAGCGGGGUCGUGGAGGCCUGGCAGUGGGCAAAUACUCGGGACCCGGUGCUGCAUGGUCUCACAGCCGGCUUCCCUCAGAGCGAGACGACAGCAUUUACGGCCUGCGGGGGGCUCACAGCUUUCCCACGCUAGAGGACGAAGGUCGAUCAGAUGUGCUUCCCUGCACUCCUCCAUCAUUUGAGGAGGCGACCACAGCCUCCAUAGCCACCACACUUUCCUCCACCACCUCCCUCUCCAUACCUGAACGCUCCCCGUCCGACACCUCUGAGCACCCUCGCUACAGGAGGCACACCCAGUCUAGCCAGGACGGAUCGACUCAGGAGGAAGAUCAGCAGAUCAUUACAGUAGAGGUGGAGGUGAAGAGGCGAGACAGUGGGCCCACACUCUUAGCACCACAGACUUCUACAGAAACAAGCUCCGACAGCGAAGAGCCCAUAUUGCAUGCAGAAUCAUCCUGUUCCUCAGUUCCUGCAAGCCCCAAAAUCUUGGUGGACCCCGAAUACACAAGUCAAGCCUCUGGCUGCCCUAGCCGCUCCUCUGUGGAUGAGGACGAUGAUGUGCCACUCACUGAUAUCUACUUUCCUCUGGAGGAGAGAAGCUGGGUUUAUUCUCCUCUGCACUAUGCUGCAGAAUCUGGGACUCAACCUGAAGGGGAUCAGGAGAGCGAGACAUAAUGACUCCAGUAAUGAAGAUCCUUCAGGCUUGUCAUGGCUUCCAGCUCUACUCAACUGACCAGAUUUCCUACUAGGUUUAAUACAACAUGUGUCACCAGUUCUCAUCUUAUCCAGAUUUGAAUUCUUGCACAGGCUAUCGAGUGAAGCUUAGUCUUGAACAUAGACCAUUCAUCUUUCUUCUGUCUUCUAGUACAGCGGUCCCCAGCCUUUUUUGCACCACGGACCAGUUUCAUAUAAGACAGAAUGUCGCGGACCGGCGGAGGCGGGGGGGAUUUAAAAUAGAAUAACUAUAUAAUGGAAAAUCGGUGUGAAUCUUGAGCUUUUUCCCGCCAAGAGAUGCUGCUCCAAUCUAGGGGUGAUUGGGGACAAUAACACCCGAAGAGUAUUGGAAAUUUAAUUGCUCUUGUACCGAUCUCUAAUUAUUUAUUCUUUCUGUGCGGCCAGUAAUAAAUUACCGUACCGGUCCGCGACCUGGUGGUUGGGGACCACUGUUCUAGUAGUAGCAUCAUGCCAACCAUUAACUGCAUCUUAUCAAAUUAUUAACCUGUAAAUUAU